AAACCGGGGCCGCAGCAAUGCCUGCGCGCAGCCGCCACCGCCACCGCCUCCACUCCGGCUCCCCUCCCUGGGCCCCGCCUCCGCCGCUCGAGGCGUUUCACUCCGCCGAGGCCCGGAGGGCGCCGGACUCCGACGGCGGCUCGGACGCCGACUCGGAGGAGGGUUCGGGGAGCCCCACUCGGACCGCGGAGGCAGUGGAAGAGGAAAUGGCUGGUCCUAAUCAUCUCUGCAUUCGCCGCUGGACUACUAAGCAUGUAGCUGUUUGGCUGAAGGAUGAAGGCUUUUUUGAAUAUGUGGACAUUUUAUGCAACAAGCACCGACUUGAUGGAAUCACAUUACUUACAUUGACUGAAUAUGAUCUCCGGUCUCCUCCUCUGGAAAUCAAAGUCUUAGGUGACAUUAAAAGGUUAAUGCUCUCAGUCCGAAAAUUGCAGAAAAUACAUAUUGAUGUUUUAGAAGAGAUGGGAUACAACAGCGACAGUCCCAUGAGUUCCAUGACCCCUUUCAUCAGUGCUCUUCAGAGUGCAGAGUGGCUCUGUAAUGGGGAGCCUUCUCAUGACUGUGAUGGACCCAUCACUGAUUUGAAUUCUGACCAGUACCAGUAUGUGAAUGGUAAAAACAAACAUUCUAUUCGAAGACUGGACCCAGAGUAUUGGAAGACCAUAUUGAGUUGUAUAUAUGUUUUUAUAGUAUUCGGAUUUACAUCUUUCAUAAUGGUUAUAGUCCACGAGCGAGUGCCUGACAUGCAGACUUAUCCACCACUCCCAGAUAUAUUCUUAGACAGUGUUCCUAGAAUCCCAUGGGCCUUUGCCAUGACAGAAGUAUGUGGCAUGAUUCUGUGCUAUAUUUGGCUCCUGGUUCUUCUUCUUCACAAGCACAGGUCAAUUCUUCUGCGAAGGCUUUGUAGUCUGAUGGGCACUGUAUUCUUGCUUCGCUGCUUUACCAUGUUUGUGACCUCCCUCUCCGUGCCAGGACAGCACCUGCAGUGUACUGGAAAGAUAUAUGGCAGUGUAUGGGAGAAACUACACCGGGCCUUUGCCAUUUGGAGUGGCUUUGGUAUGACCCUAACUGGUGUUCACACUUGUGGAGAUUACAUGUUCAGUGGCCACACAGUCGUCCUAACUAUGCUGAAUUUCUUUGUUACUGAAUAUACACCAAGAAGCUGGAAUUUCUUGCACACUUUAUCCUGGGUUCUCAACCUCUUUGGAAUCUUCUUCAUUUUGGCUGCCCAUGAACAUUAUUCCAUUGAUGUGUUUAUUGCCUUUUAUAUCACAACAAGACUCUUUUUGUACUACCAUACUCUAGCCAAUACCAGAGCAUAUCAGCAGAGUAGAAGAGCAAGAAUUUGGUUUCCCAUGUUUUCUUUUUUUGAAUGCAAUGUUAAUGGUACAGUACCUAAUGAAUAUUGUUGGCCGUUUUCAAAACCAGCAAUAAUGAAAAGACUAAUUGGAUAAAGACUAUCUUUGUAAUGGGUCCGUGAUUAAAUUUACAGUUAUUGUUGAAGGUGAAUAACUUUGCUUUCUCCCCAUAGGUUGUUCCUGGAUGCCUUGCUUUUUGGCCUAUAUAUUGAUAAAGUAAAGUUUCCUAUUCUGAGCAAGGCUGUAAUUAUAGAAAACAAGAACAAUCAAGAGUCCUUACUUACCUGUUUGAACAGAAAGCUUAAGCAGAUGUUUUCUGCCCCUUCUCUUUAGGCAGACUUAAUGUUGUGAUUGAAGUCAGGCUGUUACCUUUACCUGUUGAGUAUUUGCCUAUUGAACUUAAGCAAAUCAACUUAAGCAGUUUGCUGAUUGAAAGUUUUUUGUUUUGUUUUGUUUUAAUUUCCAGUAGGACUCUAAUCAGGAAACAAUAUUUUUUGAAGCUCCUUAAAAGGAAAAACCUCUACCAAGUGAGCAGGACUUGUUCUUUGAACUAAUCUGUGUCUUUAAAAAAAUGCAACUCUAGAAAGUGAUCCACUUUACUAACAAAUAAUUUUUGUCUUCUGAACCAUCUUUAAGAAAAGUAUACUUUAAUAUACCAGAAUGCCUGAAAAAAGAAGAGAAUGAAAGGGGCCAUACAUGAGGUGACAAAGUACAGAUAUAGUGCUGGCAUUUUUCACUAAAGAUGCAACGAAAGAUGCAGUUUUGGUCUGAGGGUUCAGUAUGGCCAUCAGUAAGUACUCUUGAGGGAAAAAUGGCUUCAUCCAUCAAAAUAAAAUUGGCUUAAUUUUAGUGAUAUAAGUACCUGGAAUAACUUUGUGCUAUAGCUGUUAGCUAGACAGAUGACAACCCAACUUUAGGCUUUUUAAUGAUAUUAUUUAAUGAGCAAAAUAGUGGAGUGUUUUACCAGAUGUUAAAGUUCUUAAUGUCCUGAAGUAGGGAGGUAUGCAUGCAAAGAAUCAUUUUUCUCUUUCUGAAAUUUAUAACAGGUUGCAGACACAGUACAACUUUUUGUUUUUGAAAUUUCUCAUUCUUGGCCAUCAGAAAGUAAGCAGUCUCAGACAUAUUUGGAUAUGAAAAAGUUUCAGUUUUUAUUUUUAAAUACAAUUGUGUACAUACAUUCUUUCUAUUUAGUCUUAAUUCGGCAUUCAAGAAGCGAAGUAACUUAGUUGCUGUUUACAACACUAGAAACUUAGUACCUUAAGUAAUUUGACCUAUGUGAUAACAUUUGUCACUUUACUUUUAAUGAUUUUGUACAGUAGUUCUGACAGUAGGAUGAUUAUGGAAUUGGAAUUUGAACCCCAACUGAUGAGCAUAGCCACUUGGAAUAUUAAUUGUGUAGUUUUUACAUUCCAUUUUAAAACAAAGAGUUAGAAAAGGUGCUGGCUGGUUGAGGUCUAAAAUUAGACCACUUAGCAGAAACUUGCUUCUUAUAUGGGUGAAAUAUUUUAUUUUUGCACUUUGAGUCAUAUUCCCACCCUGUAUAAGCUACAGAGGAGCCUCAAUGGAUUGGGCAGAAAACAGGUAUUAUGCAAACAAGUUUCAGUGAGUGCUGAGUGACCCCAGUUUGGAUCUGCUCUGAACAUUAUUUUUUUAUUUCUCACUUGAGACAUGGCAUGAAGCAGUUCAAGUUUUAUUAUGCUUUUGAAUCUCAUACUUCAGAAUCUUACAAUGUCUUAAAUUGCUGAUUCUGUUAUAUGCUGGGGACAAAAAUGCCAGCAUUUCAUCCAUGGAAAUUGCAUCAUCAUGAAGGGUGAAGGAUGUUUCCUAGGCCAGUUAGAGUAGUUUGACCUCAAAACUCCCAUUUUUUUCUAAAUGACAGAGCAGGACUGAAUUUAGCUUGGGAGGGACUGAAUGCUGGCUUUUGGAAAAAUGUUUGAAAAAAAUCUGUGGCAACAUUAAUUCAAGAAUAUUGGAUAGCAACUUAAUGGUAAAUUUCCUACUAUCAGUCUCCUUUCCUUCAUAUGGAUUCUAUUCUAGAACAAAGUAGCAAAAAAAUUGCAACUAACUUUGUAGAGCUAUUGAUAUUGAGAGUGCCUAACAGCAGACUGCAGUGAGGAUUGUAAAAAUAACUUUUCAGCCUUGCAUUUAUCAUAUCUGUACUGAGGGAAAAUUAAGCUAGAUUAAUAAUUUCUUGUUAUAACCAUUUUAAGGCAGUAUUUACAUAAAUUAAUUAUCUCCAAGUCUCUUCUUUGGAAAACAUUGAGACAAAAUUCUUUCCUGUUUCUUUUUUUAAUACAAAACCUGUAUUUUAGUUGCUUUUUGUUUUGUCCAGAAAUUUCCAGGUUUUGUCUUUGUAUUUUCUUUCUUGUUAAAAUCUAAACUUCACAGUGAAGGUGAGAUUUGCAUUUUUGGGUGUGAAUGUGGCUAGGUAGAGAAGCUAAUGCCUUAGCUCUACAUAUUUUUCAAUCUUGUCUACAAUUACAAACGUGUGAAAGGCUGGCAUCAUUAAACACCGAGACUGCAGUAUAGAAGGAACCAAGAAGGUUUUUUGAUGGGGAUGCAAACUAGAGGUUAUAUUGAAAGUCCUCGAUGAAUUUUCUAUCUUCCUGGGGGCAGCAUUGCCUUUUUCCUUUCUUCUUUUUUAAAAAUCCUUGCAGGGCAAUGUUACUGAAGGGUAAUUGAAGUUUGUAGGAAGUCAGAGGUUUGGAAGAAGGCAAGUUUGCUGUUAGCAUCAAAUAAUUUGGGAGAAACAUUUUUUGGCUAUGCUGCAGAAUUCUCAACAUGGCUGUCUGCUCUAUAGUUCUCUGUGGCCAGAAUUGCCAGGGAAAAAAUAUGGCUUCCAUAUGCUAGGUCUAUUAGUAUCCUUUUAAGUUGGAAAGCAAUGAGCUUAUCCAUAGAACCAGUCAGUUAAAUAAGUGUGGACUAUUCACAAGAAGAAAACACGUGCUAGAGACCUACUGAUAGUGUAACUCUGACACUGCAAGGGGCGUUCUUCCCUAUCCUGUACCAGCCCUGAGUGUUGUUAUUUAGAGUUCCAAAAGUCUUAUAAUUUUGUAAAUGGAGAACAGAGGAGAACCAAAUCCUUUUAUAGCUGGCAUGAAACUGUGUGUUUUAGGGACACAUGUUUGGAAAGUGUUAUUUAUAUAUUCAGAGCCAUAUUCAUAACACUAGCCUGCUUUGACUGUAUUCAGUAAAAGGCAAUUUCAUCAUUAGUUUCAGAGUAAACUUUUUUUUAAGGAUUCUUGUUCCAAAAUACUUGAGAACAUUAACUAUGUUCUUGUUUUAAACUCUCUCAUCUAAUAAAUGUUAUUCUUUGAUAGUCCUCUUACAGAUUUGAGUUAUCCCUUAGUAAAAGCCAUUUGUCGGUUCUUUAUACUAUUCAGGCAUUUGGGACAGGAAAGCUCUUUUUUAUAAUAGUCCCAUGGCUUUCUUAAACAGUAUUCAUUUCAUUUAGAUAGUUUGAAAGCCACCAAAGCAUUUCAGCUUUAAUGCCAUCUUUGCUUGGCAGUUAAGACAGUUUGUAUUUGUAAAAUGUUUAGCUCAAAUUACCCCUAUACCUCUGUAGAGGAAAAUUGUUAGUAACGUCAAGUCAGACUGCUUCAGGAGACCAGUGAGAAAGGAAAGAGGUUGAGUGGGGUUUUUUUUUGUUUUUUUGUUUUUUUUCUUUCUCUGUCUUUGAGUGGCUUUAAAUGACUGAAAUUACUACGGCAGUAGAUUUUGCCCCCCCACCUAUCCCUCACCCCCAACAAAUACCACCAAUUUCAAGUAACUAAAAUGUGGCCUAUUACUUUGUAUCAAGUUCAAUAAAAAUAUCUAUGAAAUCUAUAAGCCACAAUUUAGCUACCAGUGAAGUUGGUUUUUAAAAUAUGUUCUACCCUAAAUUAACCAAAGGACUUUUAUUCAAUGUACUGCAUAUUUAAGUAUAAGAAAGCUUUGUGUCUGAUAUGGAGGUAGAAGGAAUACUGCAUUAAUUUCAUUGUUAUUUCAGGUCUAUUUCAGUCUGAACUACUGGGUUGUCUGAACUAGCCCAGCAAUGUUAUCAGUUAGUGAUAGCAUCUUUAGAAUCUUAAUUUUAAUAAUUUUCUUUUUAUUCAGAGAAAUCUAUGGAUUGUUAGGACAACUGAAGUGUUUCUGAUAUGAAACAAAGGAAGUGGAAACUGGUACGUAAUGGGGGAAACAAAAUUAGCUUGGACUACAGUGGGCAUGUUUUGUUUUAAGAAUUCUACCUAAAUGUCACCCAAUCUACAGAGAAACUAGUAUUACUUGAAGAUGUGAAAGUUCCUGUGGUAGCCAUACCUUGAAGCACAGUAUUGUAUAUAAGUAAAUAUCUUGAUUCUAAAUUAAAUCCAGAUUUAACUAAUAUAUAUUAUUUUAUAUCUUUGUUGUAUUAAAAUGUUUAAAAACACUAAAAAUAAAACAUUUGAAAGUUG